ACUUUACCAGAGAGAAUCAACCGGCGUGGUCAACGAGCACCAAAAGUCAAGACAUUCGACCCUCCUCAAGCACUCUCCAUGUCGGCCCAGGAAUCAACCUUCAAGCGCUUCGUCGAGGUUGGGCGAGUUGUCCUCCUCAAGUCCGGUCCUUAUGAAGGCCACAUCGCUGUGAUCGCUGAGAUUAUCGACCACAACCGGGCUAUUAUCGACGGUCCCACAACCGGUGUCCCCCGUCAAUCUUUCCCUUACCGCCACCUCACUCUCACCCCUCUCAAACUCUCCAAGCUGCCCCGUGCAGCUGGUACCGGAGUUGUCCGCAAGAACAUUGAGGCGGAUGGUAUCGUCGAGAAGUGGAAUAAGUCCUCAUGGGCACAGAGGCGCGCUGCUAUCGAGAAGCGAAGGUCAUUGAACGACUUUGAGCGUUUCGCUGUUAUGCUUGCGAAGAAGGCUCGGGGGGACCGUGUCAGGAAAGCCAUCAAGGCUGCCAAGGCAUGAGUUGUUGCCCACUCUUCUUUUGGUUGCGCUCGAUUGCUGGUGGGGAGGUGUAGGGGAGGCAGACAAAACGGGCUUUCAUCUGGCUUGGAUGGGUGAUGUGAGGCGCGUCCUACCAGAGUAUACAUCAUCCUCGUCAUUCGUAUUGUUUUUUUAUGCAUCACCAUGAACAUGACAUGCCAAACAUGCUUCACGCCCACGAA